AUGGCCAGUCAGAAUGCCAGUGGCUAUGAGCAGAUGCAACUGAUCCAAGCUGACCCUGUCCGGAGGAGCAUUUCAGUGUCACUAACUCAGGUCUUCGUGUGGCCCUUCGUCUACCUAAUCUUCCUCAUGCUCUUAAUAUUCUCCAAGAAAGAGACUUUCAGAACAGAAACACGUUAUAUAUUGUUUGGUCAUUCUCUCCUGGUAGACCUAAUAUUUCUUUUUCUGACAGAUUUUGUGGUUCUCUUAUCAUACAACUUUGUUUUAAUACCACUGCAUUUCUGUAUCCCCAUCUGCAUGAUAAUGGAAGCAGUCGCAGUAAGUGCACCAUUAACCAUUGGUGCCAUGUGUAUGGAGCGUUAUGUGGCCAUUUGCAUGCCGCUGAGACAUCAUGCAAUCUCCACCUCUAGAAGAGCCUUAAUAGUGAUUAUAAUGAUUUGGAUCCUGAGCUCUAUAAACCCCUUUGUUGAUAUGUUUAUCCUCAUUAGCACUACCUCUCAUGAGUACCUGACUCAUCUGACGCACUGCCACUAUGAGAUUAUGAUUUUGGAAAGGAUACGUCAGUUUGCUAGGGGUCUGUUGUAUAUUGUGGGGCUUGUGCUGAUCUUGAUAAUUGAAAUCUUUUGUUAUGUAAUGAUAUACCUUGCUGCACGUGCAGCCUCUGGUGACAAGAAGUCAGCAUCAAAAGGGCAGCGCACCAUUUCCCUCCAUAUCCUUCAGCUGUUUUUAUGUAUGGCGGAGGUGAUGUGUCCUUACAUUGAGGCUGUAGUGAUGCAGUAUGAUAUUCAGUCAUACUUGACUGUCCGAUUUAUAAAUUUCCUUGCAUUUAGUAUCACUUCUAGAGCAGUAAGUCCUCUUGUCUAUGGCUUUAGAGAUGAGAAAUUCUAUGCAGCUAUGGCUUACUAUAUCAGAUGCAAAAAUAAUGUAAUCUCUGACAUUGAUAAACAAACAUGA